AUGGCCGAGGAAGCCAAGCCAGAGGAUUCCUGCCCUGCCAAGGACACGCGAAGCACGUGUGCGGACCCGAUGUGGCUCGAAGACCCGAGCUCCAUGGCAGCUGACGCUGCUGGAUUUGACAAGGCGUUGAAGGAAAUCAUGGAGCAGUUUGUGGAUGACAUAUCUGAUGAAGAUUCGAAGGAGCCCUCGUCCUUGCCGCCGAAGCCGGUUGCAACCCCGUGCCGGUGCCCGGACAACAUGGAGACCCUGCUGACGUGUUACGAUUCCGAUGAGGAAGCCGAGAUCCUGCAAGCAUGGUCUGGCAAGACCGCUCAGCAAGACUGCGCAGUGCCACCCAGCGGUGGUAGCAGUUGCCUUGAGGUGGCCUCGGUGGGCUCCAAUGAUGGGAGCCUAUUGGACUUUGAGGAUGAUGUGACGCUAAGGUUGGGCGAGUACAGCCCAUCCCCCAUGGACCAUGAUGACGAUGGAAUGGAUGGAGACGUCGCCAAGGAUACCGGGCGUGGAUCCCAGACAGGCCCGGACGAGGCACUCAUGGACACCUACGUCGAUGACUCGGAACCCAUCUGGCUGUCCGAGUCAUUCGUGGACACCUACGUCGAUGAGUCGCAGCCCAUGCCCAAUGCAAACGUUGCGGCGGCAGGCACUUUGCCCGGUUGCACGCAGAUCAUUCCAACGGCUACAGGGCCGGCCGAGCUCCGAGAUCCUGAGCCGGAGCCGCUUGAAGAUUCAGAGGAGGCGGGUAUGCAAUGUACUGACCCGACAUGA